AGGCGCUGUUUUGCGAGCGUACGAAACACGUUCUUCCAACAUCGCCGCAAAGCAGGCAGAACAACCAUGACGCGGCCGUGGCCGUUCUAUGUCCGCGUGCAAAACAUCAUGAAGACUCGCACGCACCCACCCCACCCGGCCUCGGCAGCAUGAGCAGCGGGGGCGCGGGCAAUAAAGCCUCAGGUGGCAAGGCGCAAGCUACCACAGUCGUUCCUGAUGCCGACGGACAGAACGCGGAGCCCGGCGCCGCGUCCUCCGUCGGCGGGCCCAAGCAGCGCACCCUUGGCGGUCGGGUGCGUCGCUGCGUCAAGGACGGAUGCUUGCAAAUUCCGGGCGUGAAGUACCUGCUGCGCGAGCUGGCGGAGUGGUACGAGGUGGAGUGGCGGUUCCGCCGGCGGUCGUAUCACCUGCAUUUCUACUUUCAAUGGGUGUCCUAUGGAACUGCCAGAAUCGAAAUUGACAAAAUCGAAAAAUUUGUGUUGCAUAAAAUGCAUGACGCGAAAUACGUGUGUUGCAGAGCAGGCAAGUGAGGCCGAUUUAAGCCUGUUUGGGGUUAUAGCUCGAGCUGCUAAAGCAGCAUGAGAGAACCAGUCUUCUUUGCCUAAACAGCAUUACAAACUGGAUUUAGGCACCACCAGGAUCAUUUGUGAUGCGCCACCUAGAAACUGGGUUCGAACUGGAAUCCAUUUUAUGCAUGGCAAAUCAUUUCGAUUUUGCCAAUGUCGAUUCUGACACUUCCAUAUGUCCUACCUGUACUUCGUGCUGGCUUUCUUCUUCGUGAUCGCCCUGGUCUUCUUUGACUUGGCACAAGAGGUGGACCUCGAGUGUCCGAUCAACCAGGCCUACGCAGAUGUCACCGAGAACGAACUGACCGUGCCGCACCUAUGCAUAAUGGGCCGCUACCUGUACCGCGAGAAGACGGGCAAGGCGAUUUCUUGUGACGGCGACCAGUUGGCGUUGCAUGCGUGUCCGGGCAGCAGCAAGCUGCAGCUACGCGUCUGUUUGACUGCGCUCACCAUUCUCGCUUUCCUGAAGCUCGUGUUGUGCCGGGCGCUCCGGAGCGCACUAAAGCACUUCGGCAACAUGCCCUCCGAGCUGAUCCAAGUGGCACACCUGCGCCGGCAAUCCUACAGCGGCAUGGUGGUCGACGCGUGUUACGGGAUCACUGUCAAUUACUACAAACAGAACACAGUAGGCCGAGGGAAGUUAAGAAGUCCGAACGAACAUUGCCUUUGAAAGGUGCCGCAUCAUUUUCAGCGUCGCACUACGGAUAAACAUCACAGAAUAUCAUGAUCUGCUGGGUCGUCCUCUCUGGUUGUACUCAGACAGCUUUCCUUGCAAGUAACUCUGCAUCAGUUUCACUUGCGAUUUCUUUCACCCAGAGUCUAUGCAGUUUGAAUUUUUCCCCGGUAUUAGCCACAAGGCGCGAACCUGUUCCGGUUUCUCGGGUUUGUGGAGUUGCUGUUUCUGGUAACCUACUUGCGCAUGCUGUACGGGGGAUUCGCGUUUGGGCUCUUUGCCGAGAUGGCGAACGUGGCCGAGGAUAGCCGGCUCACGGACCAGAGCCAAGCGAUGCAAGCGUCUGAUGCGUUCUACCUGAAGCUGCCGCCGACCGACGCGACGUUCGUGCGCGGCGACAGCACGCACCUGACGGAGGGCAAUCUUUUGUUUGGCUCCACACAGUACUGUCGGGGGGACCUGGCGCAGACGCAGCUGUGCCGGAACGGAAGUCCCUUCUGUGCCCUGUACCGCAUCGCCAACUGCAAGUACUUUUUCGCGCACUCCGUCUCGGCCUUGCUCGCGCGGACGGCGGCGACGGGCAGCGUGCCCGCGAUCGACGCGGACUCAAUCCGGAACCCCGAGGAGUGUUACGACACCGAGGUGUUCGCGCCCUUCAGUGGCAAUCUGGACGUCCGCUGGUUCGCCUCGGAUACCUGCGUUCGCAAUUACGUGCUGCUAUUGGAUUUUCGGGACAAGGUAUGCGAGGAAAUACUAAUUCUAUAGAUGCUGAUGCGUCUCUGCCUGCACUUUACUGCUGGAAUCGCGCGACUCGCACGUUCAGCUCAACUUGAGGAGAGCGUAGGGCGCCCUGAUAGACAGUAGGUUCUUCCUCACCACACGACCAAAGCACGAUGUUGUACAGUAGCAGAAUAGAAUCUUCAAUGAUGAGAAAGCCUAUGCAUUCAUUGCGACUCUCUUCGCAAUAAAAUACCUUCUACCUGAAUGUCGUACACGAAGAAGUUCAAGAAGUAACAGAAUUUUUAUGGUAGGACCUCCAUGCAGGCAGUGGCAGAUUUGCAUUCGAUACGAGGCCAACGUGAAUGAUUUCCGCCUCCUGGAUGUGGAGGGUUCCGAUAUGUCCAAUCGGGACCUGCUCUACAGAGCAGACGGUGCGACGGUGGGCACCAGCGGUCGCGCAACCAACACCACAGACACCGCCACAACCACUGCGGUCGUCGAGUACGCGGGCUUGUGGGAUCCGGUGUAUCUGUGGAAGGACAUAUGAGUCGGAAAAAUAACGCCAGCGUGCAAAUGCCCGCGCAUUUUUUUUGCAUCAUGCAAGCUCGAUAGUUGACAGAAAUUGCGUUGUUGGUACUAGACUUGCUCGCUGGAUGACGAUACUAUGCCCAUGGGCGUUCUUGCAGAGUCAGAUUUUUUGUUACUAGAUUUGUUGAUUGAAGUCUAUGUCAAAAGAAGCUUAUGUACCAUGUGGCCGUAUUUUUCCCGUGCGAUAGUACAUGGACUAUCCCCAAGCGGGCUACGAGAAUUUGGAUAUGAAGUUUUGGCCGGUUUACGAGUGGUACUGCUCGCCAACGGCGAAAUAUUGCCCGUGGGCCUCGAAUAUGGUGUCGUUGGUGUGCAAUUGCGGGGAGGAGAUGAGUACGUUUUUGCGUGCGGACGUCUGGUUGGGAUUCAACAGCUACUGUAGCAGCAUCAACACCCAGCCACGCGUGUUGCGAGAGAAGAAUCAUGUAGUUGCUUCGAAAAUGGAGGGGAUACUAAAGCCGCAGCGCUCGUUGCAAGAGGAUGCGUUGGUACUGGGCAGUAAUCUUCCCUAUUCCUUGCCAAUAUCAAAUGCGGAAGAAGCCAACAUCUCCCUCGACGUGGAAGGUGAAGAGAACCACGGAAGAAGAAGGGCACAGCCUGCGCCUAGCUCGGACAAACCGAAGCUGGAGGCCUGGCAGCAGUGCUGGUGGGGGUAUGUGGGUGUGUACUACCACCCGUUUUUCUUUUCCGCAUCCGCCUGCGGCCACUCCUCGGUGUUUUAUGACUGGAGCGCCGCCCUGGGCAUCUCUGCCUUUGCGGUUUUGAUGCUCGCUUCCACCGUGAACGUCGUCUUGUUCAGCAAAUCGAAGGUGAUGCGGUUUCUCCUGCGCUCCUUGGGUUGGAAGAUCAGCUGGGAUGGCACCGAAAAGGACGCUCCGGGCAUCGAACCCUGGGCCUACAGUGAGUACGAUGUCGCACAGCAAAGUGGCGGCGGGCUCUGCAGCAAGUUUUGCUUCAAACCCUUGCUGCGGUUUCUCGGGCCCUAGCUGUUUAUCAUCCGUAUCUCCGUCUGAUUCUGAAGUAAAGUUUCCUAUACCAUUUUGCGACAUUUUGAAGGAAUGUUUUGGAUUUUGAAAAUCACGACUGGACUGCUAGCUUUUGCUGUCGGGUGUCCCUGUGGUGCAAGCCGCAAGAAAAAUUAGAAAAAUUAUGACGACUAUUGUAGUCUCAUGCACCACUUGCACUUUUCAGCCGGUGAUCGCGGUAGCGGCUGGUGUGCAAGUGUUCGCAAAGUUUGUCAGUGAAAAUCUUCCCAGCUCCAACUUCGUUUAUCC